CUUUUUUUACCAAAAUUUUAGUAUAAAAACUAAAUGCUUGCUAAAAUCAGCAUCAUUAAGCUUUUGCCAAUUCCACCUUUUCGAUCACAUUAGACAUUUUUAUUGACAAUAUGAAUACUCUUAGUACUUGCCUUUUCAUCCUUUUCGCAAUCAUUGCCAAACCAUCGAGUGCCACUUUAGGAGACUUAUUCGGAGGCGGAGAACCAUCACCACCACCACAACCUCUACCACAAAUCAGACAAAUCCAACAAUUUGGUCAAUUGGCCCAACAAUUGCAAAAGUUGGCUCCAAAUCCUGGUCAAAUUUUGGGUCAAAUUGGACAAUACGGUCCACAGUUGCUUGAAUUAGCUAAUCAAGCACAACAAUUCUUCUCUGAUGAUGACGCAAAUGACUCACCCCAACAACAACAACAGUUCGGAAAGCCAUCAUUCCAACAAGGACCAGGACAAGGUCAAGGACAAGGAUUCGGCCAAGGACAAGGAUUCGGUCAAGGGCUAGGAGGAGGACAGGGACAAGGACUGGGUGGAGGACAAGGCCAAGGACUAGGUCAAAAAUUCGGUCAACAAGGACGACCACAACAACAGCAACAACGCCAACAACAACCUCAAUCACCAGCUCCAUUCAAUAUUUUGAAUAAAUUCAAUCCACAAUCCCAAAAUGGAGGUGGAGGUAAUGGAGGCUUAGGUGGAGGUUUAGGAGGAGGCUUAGGUGGAGGUGAUAGCUUGAGUGGUAUUGAACUUAGCUCACCACCAGAAGUUGUGCAUGUCCAUCAUCAUAUCAUUGAGCACCGUGGUAAUUCUGGAUUUGAAGGAAACAGUGGAAGCGGGGGAAACGGAGGAUAUGGUGGAAAUGGAGGAUAUGGAGGAGAAGGCCGAAAUGGUGGUAAUGGAGAAGGUCAGAAUGUUCGCGUCUUCAAAAUCAUUCACGAGCAUGCAAAUGGACAAGGCAGUGGUUAUGGAAACGGCGGUGGUGGUAAUGGAGGUGGCUACGGAUACGGAAACGGCGGUGGUAGUCAUGGAAAUAGCAUUGAACAACAAGGAUGGAAUGGUUGGGACUAAAUAUAGCUUAAAGUAGAAUUUAGAUUUAGUAAACUUAUUCAGUUUUAUGAAUUUAUUUUAUUUGAAAAAUAAAGGUGGU